GUUUUUCUCUCUGUUUUCAUAACCAACAUACUAACACUAUUGCCUUUUCACUAAAACCCUAAUCCUCUCUCCCUCGAUCUUUUACUCACACCAUGAAGAGCCAAGAAGAUUUAGAAACCAAUGAGCAAGAGAUCUCCACGAAGAGAAAGCACAGCAGUAACAACAACAAUAACAACAGCAUUAGCCAGCAAGAUUUGGAAGGUGAAGAUGAUGAAGAUUUUGACCUUACACUUUCUUUGUCUUUUGGUCGACCUCCGAGAUCCAAAAAGAAAACUACCCUAAACACUACAAGACCACAGUUAUCACUGUCAUUGCCGCCACCUGCAACAUCAUUAUCGGUAACUCAUCAACCGCUACCCCAGCAUCAAGAUAUCCCUCAAAUUGAAAUCCCACCGGAUGCCCAGAUGACACCAAGGCCUCUUGGCCCUCUUCAGCUUUCUCCCAAACACGCCCCAUUCACUGAUAUUCCUGUGACUGAACCAUUGCUAUACACUACUGCUCCAAUAAACCAUGAAAGUUCCAUGGCUGGUCCAUCUCGCGCUCCACGCACACGCCGGAACCCUUCUCAGGGUCCCCGCGAAGGGAAAGGGGAAACUGUUCCCGUCUUGUAUCCUUGGGCCAUGGAUCGUCGUGCCAUGGUGCAUAGCUUGGACUAUUUGCUAUCAAGAAGAAUAGAAACCAUCACUGGUUUAGUCCAAUGCAAGAGAUGUGAAAAACAAUUUGAAUUAGGGUUUGACUUGAGAGCCAAGUUUGUAGAAAUUGGUGCAUUUAUUUCUCAAAACAAGAGUUUCAUGCAUGAUAGGGCACCAAGUGAUUGGAUGAAUCCGGUACUGCCCAGGUGCCAAUUUUGCGACCAGGAAAAUAGCGUGAAGCCUGUGAUUGCCAACAAGAAGCAGAAGAUUAAUUGGUUGUUUUUGCUUUUGGGGCAAAUGUUAGGCUGCUGUACUCUUGAUCAGUUGAAAUAUUUUUGCAAGCACACAAAAAAUCAUCGCACUGGGGCUAAGGAUCGUGUUCUCUAUCUUGCUUAUCUUGGAAUGUGUAAACAGCUUGAUCCCAAUGGCCCUUUUGAUCGCUGAAUUGGAAGAAGGAGAAUCUUUUAUUUGCUGAUUCUGAGUGAGGUGGUAUAUCAUCAUGUGUUUUGGGUGUGUAACAUGUUGUCGUACCAGAGUAUGCGUAUGUGGAUUAGUAAAUAGUUAAUUUAGUUUGGUUGGUGGGUUCAUGGAUUUUCUUUUGAUUUUGUACUUUUUUUUAAUAUUGUUUAGCUAGGCAAGAUCAAUUUCCAUAUUGGAAGCCUUAUAAUAUCA